AUGAUAUCAGCGUCGAAAGGCGAACUGCAAAAUGUCCUCAUUCUGGAGACGGAGCUGGCUGGCGACCGAAGCGCCAGCCUAACGCCAGAGCAGAGCAAGCGCCUGCUGCGCAAAAUUGAUCUUUACCUUUUGCCAAUCAUGACGCUCUGUUUUUGCUUCCACCUCAUGGAUAAGCUCGCCUUGUCUUACACCUCGAUUCUCGGUAUCCGUGAGGAUCUGCGGCUGAGCUCCAGCGACUACUCCUGGGCGAGCGGCAUCUACUACUUCGGAUACCUGGCGGCUUCCUAUCCUGCGGCAGCCCUGAUGGGUCGCGGCGGGCUAAUAAACGGCUGCUUUCAACGAAGAUUCACUUGGGGCAGCAUUGCCAUGUUUACAGUCUUGUGCCGCGAUGCCACCGGGCUGCUCAUCAACCGCUUCUUCCUGGGUGUAGCCGAGGCCCCCCUCACUGCUGGCCUGACUAUCAUUGUGGCCAUGUGGUACACGCGUGACGAGCAGCCUUUUCGACAGUCGAUAUGGUAUUUGGGGGGAAGCGUCGGAACUCUGAUUGGCAGCUUUGUCGGACUAGGUGUGCAUAAUCUUCAUGCAUUUUCCCCUUGGAAGGCACUCUAUCUUAUUCUCGGAGCUUCCACCGUUGCUGCGUCGGUGCUUGUCUUUUACUUGCUCCCAGAUGUACCAUCCUCGGCCUGGUUCCUCUCCAAAGAAGAACGCAUCUUGGCCAUUGCCAGAGUCAGCGACAAUCUGACGGGCAUCAAGACGGCAAACUUCAGUUGGUCUCAGCUACGUGAAGCCCUUUGUGACGUGCAUACCUGGCUGCUCGUUCUGAACCAGCUGGCCCUAAACAUUCCGAACGGAGGACUUCAUCCCUUUUUAAACAUUUUCCUCCGGGGCACCGGCUUUACCGAGCGCGAGGUCUUUCUUCUCAAUGCCUGCCAGUUUCCCAUCAUCUUCUUCAUGAAGCUGUACGUCGGCUGGGCCAGCACGCACUACAAAAACACGCGCAUCUUUUGGAUGAUUGUCUGCCUCGUCAUAAGCGCGUUUGGCAUCCUUCUCAUGCGCGAGCUACCUCCGCACUUGAAAUGGGGUCGCUGGGCCGGCGCCGUGCUGACGGACAUGUACACGGCCAACUAUGGACUGCUGGCCGCGCUCACGUCCGGCAACUUUGCCGGCUUCACAAAGAAGUCUGUGGCGGCUGCUAUGAUAUUCGCCGCUGGAUGCGCGGGAAGCAUCAUCGGUCCGCAACUCUACAGCGGCUCAGAGGCGCCUGCGUAUCCGACGGGGUACCUCGCCAUGCUCAUAUGCGUUGUUGCUACAAUUUUUAUAUCUGUCAUAAUGCUAGUGUACACCUUGUGGGAGAACAAGCGGCGCGAUGAAGCAAGCUGUGACACAGACACGGCGACGAAUGAUGCGACGAGUGAUGCGACGGACAUGAUGGCUGGUAUCGUGGCCAACUUAUCCGACAAAACGGACAGGGAGCUUGUGGACGGACAUGCCGAGACAUCUGUGGAUUCAUGGCUCAUGACCUUGCGCCAGCAACUUGUAGAAGCCAAGGCUGACUCACCAGCGUUUGCCCCUGGACCGCCGGACGAGGCGAGGCCCUCGAGACCACAAGGACAGUGA